AUGACCUCCUCGGCAGGUGUGAUCAUCGCCGGCCUGGCCACCGAGAGGUCGCGAGGAGUGGCGCAAUUGAAGGUGGUCUGGGCGAGCCACGGCAAGGAGGCCCGAACAGAGUACCAGCUCAUGGACGAAUUCGCUCUAUCAGAAGACACGGAUGGCAUUGUGCGUGGCAGUGUCGUCUCCCUCCUGCGCGUCAAGCCCCUCACAGGUCGGACGCAUCAGAUCAGGUCGCACCUGGCGGGCAUCGGCAGACCCAUUGUUGGCGAUCGCACCUACGGUGGCAUCGCCACAAGCUGGUGCCCACGUCUCUUCCUUCAUUGCCGACGCAUCACUGUGCGGGAUCUUGACAACAAGCCUUUUCAACCAGCAGCCAUUGCCGCGCCAGUUGCAGUCAGCCUUGGAGUAUUUGCAGUCGGCCUUGGGAGCAACCUCCCCGAGUUCGACCACCGCUUCCUUGGCCGCAUCAUGGCCGGCAUUCCGCCGGCAGAUGUGGAAGCUGUCCAGCAGAACUACCCGAUUCAGGUCAGCAAGCUUUGCGAAGGGCCCCGGCCAAAGCUCCUGUCCCUUGGCAUGAGGUGGGCCACGGACCAACCAGAUUGA